GGAACCCCAACUCCUAAGUGGUGCCAGACCUCAGGGUGUUGAUUCUCGGAUGGCUGAUGUGGAAAGAAGGAAGAAGAGGACAGCAAAGAGAAAGAGACCGAGGACGCCUCUCGAAGCUUUCCACCUGAGCUAUCUUUGCGUCACGGACCUCUCUGCUCAAGUCUGGUGUGAGCAGCAGGCAGUUUAUCACAAAGAAAAGCCAGGUGUGCAAUUGCCAGAGAAGACAACGGUUGUGUUAAAUGCAGGGAAGUCCAUCCAUCUUGCCAGAGAACUGCAAGAUCAUAACCUGGUGCCUGUAAAGACUAACAGCCGAGAAGACAGAUGGGCCAUCAAGCUGCUUAACAUCCUCCUGACCAUAACUAAUCUACGAAAAGGUCAGCGUGUGCGGGAAUGUCCGGUCUUCGGCGUUUUAGAAGGCGUUUUCGUGUUUGGGAUUAUUGACCAGCUGAAUUAUACGGCUAAAGGGGAAUUGCAACUGAACGAGUUGAAGACACGGGAAAGAGCCUACAUGCCUGUACCUGCGCAGAAGAAGAGGGACCAUUUCCAGGUCUCUUUGUAUAAACAUCUCUUUGAUGCCAUGGUGCAAGGAUGCUUAACCCAAGACAUUUUCACACAUCACCUUCGUCUGAAGCUCAAACAGUCACUUGGCCAGGAGAUCCAAGAACACGCUCAAAAAGCUGGGUUCGUGGUGCAGUGCUUCGAAGACCUCCUGGAGCUGGUGCUCCUCAACUUGACCCACUCAGACAUUCCGCCCAUCGACCGUCUUCAAAUUGAAUACAUUCAUCAACAAACCAACACCUUGCUGGGCACUGAAGUCAUCACCUAUGACCAAGAUGAAUUGAUGUCCAUGUCCCAUUAUUUCUUAGACUAUUGGAAAGGGCAAAGAGAUCCCAAGGGAGUGGACAUUGAAGACACUUGGAAAUGCUCCUAUUGCCUCUUUGUCGACAUCUGUGAUUGGCGCCGGCGGAAAGCGGACAGCCUGAUCCAAAAGAGCAGCGAGAAGAAAUCCUGAGCAAGAGCCAAGCCAACCCUAGCCAACUCCCUGCUCUACCCUUCCGUCAUUCUUCCAACAGUAUCACCGGGCUUGCUAAAGAUGAUAGAAGCUGUAGCCCAGUGUUUUCAACAAGACUUCUUUACAGGGGUGAAAUGCUACCGGUUCGGACUGGUUUGCCUGAACCAGUAGCAAAAAAUGCUACCGGUUCAGGCAGACUGGUAUUGCAAUGAUCGGCUGUGACGUGCCAUUUAUAUUAGCUAGAAUUGUCCUACUUCCUGCUUUCUAGAUAAUCUAAAUUGUGUGGCAGAGAGGAUUCCCA